CCCAGAUCGCGAAGACGCGGGUCAUGAUGCCCCCAACCUUCCUCCUGCUGCUGCUGUCGGGGGCCCUGACCCUGACCGAGACCUGGGCGGGUGAGUGCGGGGUCAGGAGGAAACGAGCUCUGCGGGGGGCGGAGCGAGGGGACCGCGCGGCGGGGUCGCAGGACCCCCGGGGAAGGCGCGUCUCCGCGGACUCAGCCGCAGGCCCGCCCAGCGCGCCCCUCCUCGGCCCCGCCGCGUCCUGACCCCACUCCUUCCCUCUCCAGUCUCCCGCCCUCUCCUCUCACCCACUGGGGUCUCCCGCGCUUCUCCGUCCGCCGCCCCUUUUCCGUCUCACGACCCCAUAAUCCCCUCCCCCCUCCCGGCCCCGUCACCCUCGGACCUGGGACCCGCGCCAGGAGGAGGGUCGGCCGGGUUUCAGCCCCUCCCCGCCCCCAGGCUCCCACUCCAUGAGGUAUUUCCACACCGCCGUGUCCCGGCCCGGCCGCGGGGAGCCCCGCUUCCUCACCGUCGGCUACGUGGACGACACGCAGUUCGUGCGGUUCGACAGCGACGCCGAGAAUCCGAAGAAGGAGCCGCGGGCGCCGUGGAUGAAGCAGGAGGGGCCGGAGUAUUGGGAGCGGGAGACGCGGAUCUCCAAGGACAACGCACAGACUUACCGAGUGAACCUGAACACCCUGCGCGGCUACUACAACCAGAGCGAGGCCGGGUCUCACACCCUCCAGAGGAUGUAUGGCUGCGACGUGGGGCCGGACGGGGGCCUCCUCCGCGGGUACAGUCAGUACGCCUACGACGGCGCCGAUUACCUCGCCCUGAACGAGGACCUGCGCUCCUGGACCGCGGCGGACGCGGCGGCUCAGAUCACCCGGCGCAAGUGGGAGACGGCGGGUGUGGCGGAGCGCUUCAGGAACUACGUGGAGGGCACCUGCGUGGAGUGGCUCCUCAGAUACCUGAAGAACGGGAAGGAGACGCUGCAGCGCGCGGACCCGCCAAAGACACAUGUGACCCACCACCCCAUCUCUGACCGUGAGGUCACCCUGAGGUGCUGGGCCCUGGGCUUCUACCCUGCGGAGAUCACCCUGACCUGGCAGCGUGACGGGGAGGACCUGACCCAGGACACGGAGUUUGUGGCGACCAGGCCUGCAGGGGAUCGAACCUUCCAGAAGUGGGCAGCUGUAGUGGUGCCUUCUGGAGAGGAGCAGAGAUACACGUGCCAUGUGCAGCACGAGGGGCUGCCUGAGCCCGUCACCCGGAGAUGGGAGCCGCCUCCUCAGUCCACCAUCCUCAUCGUGGGCAUCAUUGUUGGCCUGGUUCUCCUUGGAGCUGUGGUGGCUGGAGCUGUGAUCUGGAGGAAGAAGCGCUCAGGUGAAAAAAGAGGGAUUUACGUGCAGGCUGCAAACAGUGACAGUGCCCAGGGAUCUGAUGCGUCUCUCCCACAGAAAGUGUGAGACAGUGGCCCUGUGGGAGACCAAGUGAUGCAAGAUUUGUUCACGCUCCUACUUUGCAACUUCAGAUCCCCUGACUUCUCUUUCUGCAUCUGAAUGUGUCUGUGUUCCUAUUAGCGUAAUGAGAGGAGGUGGGGAAAUUGACCCACCCCCUGCCUUCCACGACCCCCUCCCCACACUGACCUUUGUGCUUUCCCUGAUGAAAUUUCCUGUUCUAGCAGAGGUGGGGCUGGGCCAUCUCCAUCCCUGUCUUAACUUCCUGUUGCACUCACUAGUGAUCAUUUGCUUCCUUGCUGAAAAUAUGAAUCCAGAUAUGAAUUUUUUUCUAAUACUUCUAAGGGAUUGAUGUGUUAAUUAAAGAAGAAGAUUCCUAAAGUUUGAGAGUGGAAAUAAAUGGAAGCACUGAGAACUUUC